GGAGUAAAUUUAUCCGCUAAACAGCCAAACCCUAAAUACCGGAGCUCUACAUUUUUCAGUUGGGAUUGGAUUUCAACCGUGAACAAGAGGGGGAGAGAGAGCCAUCGAAGGAUUGAGAGAAGAGAAGCGGAGGUUUCAGAAACCCUAAGCGCCUUAAGCUUCACUGGAAAUCGCAAGCGUCAUCCUCGACAGCCAUGGAUGCUAUAAGGAAACAGUUGGAUGUGCUGAUGGGAGCAAAUCGAAACGGAGAUGUAAGGGAGGUGGAUCGGAAUUACUUCGACCGUGAUGUCUGCCGUCUCUUCCUCUCCGGCCUAUGUCCUCACGACCUAUUUCAACUCACCAAAAUGGAUAUGGGACCAUGCCCAAAGCUGCAUUCAUUGGAGUUGAGGAAAGAAUACGAGGAAGCAAAAUCAAAGGGUGUUGAUAACUAUGAUAGAGACCUGGAGGAUGUUAUCGACAGGCUGAUUGUUGAGUGUGAUAGGAAAAUAACCAGAUCCCUCAAACGGCUAGAUGAAGAGGAUGCCAAAGCUGCCAUAGCCAUAUCAGUUUCUGAAGUUACUCAACAGACAGAAGAGGUUCUUGAACUGUCAAAGCAGAUUAAGCAAAAGUUGAAAGAAGCUGAUCAAUAUGAUCUUGAAGGCAAGACAGAUAUGAAAAUCCGUGUUCUUGAAGAGGUUGAAGAACUCAGAACCAAGAGAGCUGACAAACAGGCAAUGCUUCUUUUGGAUGCCUUUAACAAAGAUCGAGCAUCUCUACCUCAGCCACUUCAAAACCCUCCACAAUUAGCACCCUUGCCUGCUGCUGCCGCAGAUCCACGCAUACAGGAAAUGAUAAAUGAGAAACUUAAGAAAGCAGAAGAUCUUGGUGAGCAAGGGAUGGUUGAUGAGGCACAGAAGGCACUAGAAGAGGCUGAAGCUCUUAAGAAGCUGCCAGCACGGCCAGAACCAGUUCUUGAUUCCUCAAAGUACACAGCUGCUGAUGUGCGCAUUACUGAUCAGAAGCUGCGUGUUUGUGACAUUUGUGGAGCAUUUUUAAGUGUUUAUGACAGUGAUCGUCGUUUAGCUGACCAUUUCGGAGGAAAGCUCCACUUAGGUUAUAUGCAAAUCCGAGAGAAGCUGGCUGACCUUCAGGAAGAGAGAAACAAAAAACGAAAAGCCCAUGAAGAAGUGAGAAGAUCUAGAGAACGAAAUAGCCGGGACCGUGAAAGCGAACCAACCAGGGACCGAGGUGAAAGCCAUGAACGAGGGAGAGAUUAUGAUCGUAAGAACAAAGAGCGUGAUAGGCACUAUGACCGAGAUCGCAGCUACGAUAGGGAGCAUGAUAGAGAGAGGGAGCACUCUCGCAGCUAUGAUUCUAGGAGUCGUCGCAGAUCACGGUCAAGAUCCAUAGAACGCUCAAGGAAUUACAAUCGCCACAGGCGAUACUGAUUGCUACUAGCUCAACCACUGUGCAUGGUGCAGCUGAAAGGGAUGGGAGGAGGGAUUCAUUCUGAUACCUGUUCGAUCUUGUACUCAGGAGAGUUUGUGGAUUUUCAUGAAUGACUUCAUUUAAAUUAUUCCUAGUAGAUUUUAGUCGUUUCAUGGAUUGCUAGCAUAAGUCAAGAUUUGAAAAACAUACAUCUCUUUUCUAUUGCAGUAAUAUUUAUAUUUUUAGGAUAAAUGCGAAGUGGAAUGAUGAUGAU